UAAUGGUAUUAAUCAUACUAGCCACGUUAAUAACAAAAUAAGAUGGUCCAACAUUAAAUAGUUAGGUCAACAAUCGCGUCUCGCUUUAUUGAAUGGGUUGGUUUAGCGUCAUUCAAGCAUCGUGUUUCCACAUGUAUGGGUGUGAUUAAUUUUACUGCGCAUGAAAAAAAGAAAAAGAAAAAAUAAGGUAUUAAGACUUUUUGAUUACAACUAUACACAUCUUUCCAGAAAGGAAGUCUAUUUUACAAAACGUUCAUAAGUUGUGUUAUUAAAAAUAACAAUAAAUUCUUCAGUUUGCUCCAAUGAAGAAGGAACUUGGAAUAUACUACACAAGAAGAACUGGUUUGAACAGCACUACGAAGCAAAUGCCAUUAACAAAACAUGGAAGACAAAAAGAAUUGUUUGGAUACAGUGACGUCAGUCCAAGAACUUGAUAAGUGGGCUCAGGCUAACAAUUACUCUGAUGAUGACGAUGUCAAUCUUAAACGGAUUGAGUUAUUGGCUAGACAGUUGACAGUUCCCAACAGAGAGAACAUCCGAUCUGGAUAUGUAUGUGAUAUAUGCAAUCACACGUUUAGGUGGAAUAAGGAUCGUUUAAGACAUAUCCGAACGGUUCAUGGGGAUGAAAAGUUUGAAUGUGGAAAGUGUGGACACAGUUUCUCACGGGGUAACAACUACAAAGCUCACAACUGUCAACCGAGAAGGAAGCGACCCUGGUCUGACGUCGAAUCAGUGGCAAAGCGUCCCUGCUUGCUUCCAAUCGAUUCUAAUAUACCUGCACGUUUCGAUACUUGUAAUUUUUGUGGUCAUUACAAGUGCUUACCCCCAGGAAAGAAAUUCUGUGAAAUGUGCAAUAUGAAGGGAAGGGAAUGUUUUCAGUGUCACCGGCCUCUCGCUGAACGAUAUUACAGCCAAAAAAGAGAGACGAAAUCAGACUGGAGCAGGCAUGGUGGAAGCUCUUGAGGGAGCAGUAUCCACCACAACUUUACUUCCCAACCAAGCUAACGAUGUAGACAUUUUACAGUUUUUGGCUGAUGAACAAUCAGACAUUACUUCUAUUUUGCAUGAUUUCCUGAUGGCGAAAACAGGUAUGAAAUGGUUCUUAACAAUAAAAAUUAAAUACAUUAAGUAUGAUGAAAACAAUGAUUCCAUUUUGGCGGAACCGGUACUUCGAAGUACUAAUUUUAUAACAACAAAUUCUUCUGAAAUAGAUGAACAAGUGGCAGAAGCAUAUCAGAAAUUAUACUCUGCCUCACAGGAAUUCCAGGCAGAGGGUAGUGGAUGGAUAAUUGAUCAUAUCAUACACCUAGAAGUACAUACCGCCGAGUAUACACCACUGAGUGGUAGUAGUUACAUGCCACUUCCCAAAGAAUUGAUAGCUAAAAAAGCUAUCUUGAACAUAAAAAAUGAUGAUCAAAAAUGUUUUCUCUGGUCUAUUUUAGCAGCACUUCAUCCAGUCUCAUUUAAGAAUAAUGCCAACGUGGUUAAGAAAUACAUCCAAUAUGAAUCUGAGCUUAACCUCCAUGGAAUAGAAAUACCAAUUUCACUAUCACAGAUAUCUAAAUUUGAAAAAUUAAAUAACAUUUCAAUCAAUGUGUUUGGAUAUGAGAAGGAUGAUGGUGUAUUUCCACUACACACGAGCCGAAUUAAAAGUCAGAAUGAGAUCGAUUUGAUGUUACUGAGCCAGGGAGAAAAAAGACACUUUUGUCUUAUUCGAAAUUUUAAUAGGCUCAUGGGAGCUAGAACAAAUCAUCGCGCCCAAGCCUUCUACUGUCGUUCUUGUUUACAUGGUUUCAGUAGCAAAAUCUACUAAAUGAUCACAAACCAUACUGCAAUAUACAUGGUCUUCAGAAAGUCAGAUUACCCGAAAAUGACACAGAAGGAUGGGUGAGAUUUAAAAGUGUUCAAAAUCAGCUUAAGGUUCCAUUCAUAAUAUUUGCGGACUUUGAGUCACUCACUUAGAAAAUUCCUGGGUGUAUGAAUAAUCCUAAUGCCUCACACACCACUCACUACCAAAAACAUGAACCAUCUGGCUUCUGUUACAAAGUUGUUAGCUCAGACCCUUCAUAUUACAAACCUGUGGUUGUAUACAGGGGGUCUGGUGUGAUUACACAUUUUAUUGAAGCCUUAUUACAGGAAAGUAAAGAAAUUGGGAACAUUUUUAAAAAUAGUAGAGCCGAUGGUACUGACAGCAGAGGAAGAGAGGGCUUAUCAAAUGACUGACACGUGCCAUAUUUGUCAGGGGAAACGAGGAUUUGAGUGUUUUUUAGAUCCAGCAACAAACGGGGACAAUGCACACAAUAAUCAUAAGUUACGAAACCCCUUUAGCAAGGUUCGAGAUCACGAUCACUUGACUGGGGUCUACAGGGGAGCCGCCCACAGUAAAUGUAAUUUACAAUAUCAAUUCAGAAAGAAUAAAGGAAAAAAGAGUAAACUGAAUGAAUUCUUCAUUCCUGUUGUCUUUCACAACCUCAAGGGAUAUGACAGUCAUCUGAUCAUGAAAUAUUUGAAUAAAUCAGUAAAGCAAAAUCUCAGCUGUCUUGCCAACAACCUGGAAAAAUACAUUUCAUUUUCGGUUGGUAACUUGAGAUUUAUUGACUCGCUUCAGUUUCUGAAUGCAUCACUAGACACUCUGGUCAACAAUUUGAAAACUGAAGGUAGUGACAAAUUCAGACACCUAUCAAAAGAAUGUUCGAAUCAGAAGCAACUAGAUUUACUUUUAAGAAAAGGUGUUUAUCCCUAUGACUAUAUGGACGAUUCGUCUAAAUUUGAUAGAACUCAACUUCCAAACCAGAAUGACUUUUUCAAUAUCUUGACAGAAAGUGACAUUACAGACGCUGACUAUGAGCAUGCACAAAAUGUAUGGUCCACAUUUGAAUUGAAAAACAUGGGUGAAUAUCAUGAUUUAUACAUGAAAACUGAUGUUCUCCUCUUGGCUGAUGUUUUCGAAAACUUUCGAGAUUUAUGUCUUGAAUACUAUCAUCUGGAUAGUGCCCAUUAUUUCACUUUAUCCGGUGUUGGGUGGGAUGCCAUGCUUAGAAUGGGGAACGUUCAACUUGAAUUACUGACCGACAUAGAUAUGCAUUUGAUGAUAGAGCAAGGUCUGAGAGGAGGCAUUUCAAUGAUAUCAAAAAAGUUUGCCAAAGCUAACAAUCAUUAUCUGGAAACCUACAACGAAAGGAAACCAUCAACUUAUCUCAUGUAUUUGGAUGCAAAUAACCUAUAUGGCCACAGCAUGUCACAAUACCUCCCUGAGAGGGAGUUUCAGUGGGUUGAAGACUUGGACAGUCUCGACAUUAUGAAUAUAACCGAGAAUUCAAACAUAGGCUACAUUCUCGAGGUAGAUUUUGAAUACCCAACGGAGUUACAUGAUAGGUAUAGUGACUAUCCUUUGGCCUCUGAAUCCAUGUCAGUCACUGAUGACAUACUUUCCCCUCACUCACAUAAGUUGAGAGAAACACUUUGUCUUACAGGCCGACCUGUGAAAAAAUUAGUUCCAAACCUGAAUGAUAAGAAGAAAUAUGUCCUCCAUUACAGGAACUUACAGUUCUAUUUGAGUCAGGGAUUAAAAUUGAAAGAAAUCCAUAGAGCUAUUCAGUUCAAACAGUCUCCAUGGUUAAAACCCUAUAUUGAUUUCAAUACAGAGAAGAGAAAGCAGUCCAAAAAUUAAACUGAGAAAGCUUUCUUUAAGUUGAUGAACAACUCUUGCUUCGGUAGUAGCAUGAUGAACGUGCGAAAACAUGUGAAUGUGGAGCUAGUCAAUUCAAAAAAACGUUUAAAAAAACUCUGCGCUAAACCUACAUAUGAAGGGUUUAAAAUCUUCAUCUCUGAUUUGGCUGCAGUUCACCUCAAGAAAGCCACUAUCUUUCUCAAUCAACCUAUCUACGCUGGCUUUUCAAUUCUAGACAUGUCCAAAAUAGUUAUGUAUGAUUUUCAUUAUAACUUCAUGAAAACAAAGUAUGGGAGCAAAGUUCAACUUUGUUUCACAGAUACGGACUCUUUGUGCUAUGAGGUUGAGACAGAUGAUAUCUAUCAUGACAUGAUGGGGCAUGCUAAUUUGUUCGAUAAGAGCAACUAUGACCCAUCACAUCCUUUGUUUUCUUUAACUAAUGCUAAAGUAUUGGGUAAAAUGAAGGAUGAGCUUGGGGGUUCUGUCAUGGAAGAAUUUGUGGGUCUUCGACCAAAAAUGUAUUCAGUCUUGUAUGAGGGGAAAGAGAAAAAGACUGCUAAGGGGGUAAACAAAACUGUAAUAAACAAAACUCUCAGGCACAAUAUGUACAAAGAUUGUCUGUUUGAAAAUGUUCAACUGAGACACACAAUGAAUCGCAUUCAGAGUGUUAGUCAUCAGUUAUACAGUGUAGCAACUAACAAAAUAAGCUUAUCGCCCUAUGACGACAAGCGCUAUGUGCUUGACGAUGGGAUCAAUACCAUGGACACUACCGCACACGACCUAUACAGGCUACACCCCCUUUGUAAAUUAUAUGUUCUAGUGUAUUUAAAUAAGAACCACUCCAUUCCUUUUAUAGUAUUUUGUUUAUAAUUGAUAUGAGUAUUGUUAUCAUCACGCUUGGUCAACAUGUAUUUCUACAGAUGUGUAAUGAAACACAAUAACUGCACACUUCAUCUGAGAAGAUGUCCACACGUUACAUUGAGCUAAUAAGAUUAUUAGUGUGUGGUCCUCUGAAUGUAUAGUGACAUAGUAUGUAAUCAUUUUAAAUAUGUAUCAAUUAUAUAUGUAUCCAGUAUACCAGUUUGACUGCAAUAUUACUCUGUACAUAAUUUUGUAUAAUAAAUGUUUUGAUAUUGA